AUGAGCAGUAUCAAUGAUUGGUGCUCGCAGGAAUAUCCAGAGAUUGGAAUUAUUGUAACAACAUCAAUAACAACCACAUCGUCGUCAACUACAUCAUUAGAUUUAGCAUCAUCAUCAUUGCCUCCAUACCCAAGUAAAUAUGUUAUGUCAGCUAUUGUUCCAAUAAGUGAAAGAAAAGAAGGUGAAGAAGGAGAUCAAGCAACUGGUGAUAACAAUAGCAUUGUAAUUGAUAUUAACAACAACUACAAUAAUGACAGUGAUGUGAUGAGUGAAAUUAUGAGUGAAAUAAACGGUGAAAAAUAUUAUAAUGGAAUUAAAGUACCUCCUUUAGUUAAUGAAAUUUUUUAUCGUCUUAUGGGAAGUAAAGAUUUAAAAUUUGGCGGGAGGGUUAUAAAUAAUAUACCUACAACUUCUCUCACUUUGGACACUUCAAAUUCUUCUUCUUAUACCAAUCAUGAUGUUCCUUGGUCUGCUGCAUCAUUAAAAAUUGAACAGUUUGAAAACAACAACAACAAUAAUUCAGACGAGGAAAAUAAAUUAGAAACUCCAAUUUAUGCCGAUGAUCUUUCACGAGUUCCCACAUUUACACCUUUUAGUCACAACAAUGGCAACAGCUCCGACCGUCAUGAACAGUAUAGUAGUGAUAAUAAUGGUAGCAGUGACAUUAAUCUAAGGAACAACAGGAAGAAUGGUAGUCAUAGCAAUAACCAUUACAAAGUAUUACCUCAAACUGUUUCACCUAAAACAUCAAAAUUAAGAAAACGUAACAGUAUAGCAAGUGAUGGGCUUGGUGGCAGUGGUGGUGGAUAUAAAGAUGGUGGGAACGUUACUCAAGAUGAUAAUGGUACAGAGCUUCCACUUGUAGUUGGCGGUGGUUAUGUUCCUGCCACUCCAAAAAGAAAUAUCGAAUUCCAUUCUUUAUUUAGAAGUGUGCCUGAAUAUGAUUCUUUGAUAAAUGAUUUUGGAUGUGCUUUACAAAGAGAAAUUUUGGUUCAAGGACGUUUAUAUGUUUCUUGUACUCACGUUUGUUUCAAUGCAAAUAUCUUUGGAUGGAUCACAAAUUUGGUAAUAGCAUUCAAAGAUAUUGUAUCAAUUGAAAAAAAGAUGACCGCUUUUGUUAUACCAAAUGCCAUUUUAAUAUCUACAUUACAUGCAAAGAAUUUCUUUACAUCAUUUCUUGCAAGAGAUACGGCAUAUGAAUUAUUAUAUACUAUGUGGAAACAAUCUCAUCCAUCAUUAGCCCGAUCAAUUUCUAUAAAUAAUAACGCCACAUCAAACAACAACAAUUCUACAACCCAUGGUACCAAUAAUAAUAGUUCUCGAACAUCCAAUUCUUCAAGAAAAAAUAAUCAUAAUCACCAACAACCACCACCACUGAUAUCACGUGGUUUAAGUAUUUCAAAAUCUGCUGUGAAAAAACGAAGAUCACCAACUCAAUGCGCUUGCAUGAAAAAUAAUCAUUUCGCCAAUUUAUCUUUUGAUGGUAAAUUGCCAGGAACAGUAGAAAAAAUUUAUAAUUUGCUGUUUACAAGUGAUUUUGUAGAACGUUAUCUUACCUACGAGGAAAAAUGUACGGAGGUUCAUAUAGGUGAAUGGAAAUCAGGUUAUAAUGGCAAUUUAACACGAUCAACAGAUUAUAUAAAACCACUAAAUAAUUCAUUAGGACCAAAAAGUACAAAAUGCAUUAUUAAUGAUGAAUCCUUACAUCGAGACUUUGAAAAUUAUACCACUAACUUGUCUAUUACCACAACACCUGAUGUUCCGUCUGGAGGUUCUUUCUGCGUAAAAACAAAAACUUGUAUAAUGUGGGCAGGUCAAAGUGAAACUAGAAUCAUUGUAACAUGUAGUGUUGAGUGGUCUAAAUCUAGUUGGUUGAAAGGACAACAACAACAUUGGAAAAGUUUAAUGCACUCUGCAAAGAAAUAUAUUUCUGCACAUCCUACCGAAUUCAGGGAUGAACUUGUUACUUCACCCAUACGAGAAAAACCAGGAAUAUUACUAGAAUCAGAGGAAAUUUGUGAUGAAAGACCAUCAUCCCUAUCAAGACGUAGGUCAAAAGAACCAUGCAAACCAUUAACCAUUACUGGUGAUAUUGAUCUUCAUGAACAAUUGCCGCCUACACCUGGACAACGUAAAGCAGCUGGUAUUAUAAGUGCACUUUCAGAACUUCCAAGCAUCAUAUCAUCCAUCUUGGGUCCAUUAGUUCAAACCAUUUUUUCUAGUCCACCCUCAACCAACACAUUGGCAGUCUUAGUAUUAGUUGCUACUUUGAUAAUUAAUUUUUCAACUUAUGUGAUAAUUCGGGAUUUAGGGUAUCGAGAACUUGUUUCAAUAUUUGAUGAUCAUUUUGAAAAUGAUGUUGAUUUAUUAUGGAAAUGGAUGAAUGAAAAAUCAAAAAGAUAUGAUAAUUUACAACAAAAAGAUAAAGAUUUUUAUUAUCAAGCAAAAUAUUCCUCGCCACCAUUAUCAUCAUCAACUAGACAUAAUCCACAACCAUCAUCAACACAAUACAACGACAAUAAUAAUGAAUCGGAUAAUACUGAUGACGUAAAAAGUAAUAAUGAAAAAGAAAAGUCUAAAUCUCUUAUUACCUCACAAAACCUUUACGAACAAAUUGAUGAUUUAGACAAAUUAAUGAAUUUUGCUGAAGGUCACGUGAAGAAAUUGGUUAAUGUUGCUGAAAAAGGUGUUGGACUAGAGUUAAGCUAG